CGGUGCAGGCGCAGCUGAGGAAGAACACAAAGAUGAUGUCAGUUGCAAGGAAGAAGGAAAUCAGCGUAAAAGAGCAGUCCAGAAAAUGUGCAGGGCGUUUCUGGAGGCUCUUUCCUCACCUUCUGCUCUGUCUAUCUCUGGUUGCCUACGCAGUUUUGGGGGCACUCGUAUUCGAGCACAUCGAGGGAAAAAGCACGUUCUCUUUUCAGGCCGACUACCAUGACUUCCUUGGUCAAAUCAUCAGGAGCGUCCAGAACCUCACCAAAAAUGCAUCCUCUACGCAUGAAGAAAUUCUGAAGGAAGUGGAGACUAAGAUGUUAAAGUUCAAUGCCAUAUGGUUUCAAAGACCUGAGAGAUGGAAUUUCUUUGGCGCCAUGUUCUUUUGCUGCACUGUAUUCACAACAGUUGGGUAUGGCGAGAUCUAUCCCGUUACCUUGACUGGUAAGGUGGUGUGUGUCUUGUAUGCCAUGGUGGGCAUCCCUCUCAUGCUCCUGGUCAUCCUCGAUGUGGGCGAUUUUCUUGCUAUGUUAAUGUCCAGGGCCUACAUGCACAUUUACACCCUGCGCAAAAUCCUGCGCUCCAACACCUGGUCACCAUGGAAUGAUCAGAAGAGUGCCAGGCACUCAAGCCACCGGGACUUUUUUCACAACCAAGACAUUGUGAUCCAUGAGCCUCUUGACAUUCGGCAGGUACUUCACAGUCAAGCCGACGUAAGACAAAAGUCCAUUAAACUCCAAAACAACCAAGAGAUAUUUGAAAAGAUUCUAGCCAGGGAUCAUUUACUUAGAAAGACUCCACUGCUCAGAACCCUCUCCUGCCCCGAGCUAGAUAGGCUGCCAACACCACCCAAAGGAUUUGCCAUUUGGGACUUCACAGGGUUAGGGGAUGAAAUGGAAAUGCUCAAUGUACCCUUUGUACUGAUUCUCUUCAUUGUGUUUGCCUAUAUAUUGUUUGUCGGUCUGAUUUUGCCGUUGUGGGAAAAAGAUUUAAAGGGCUUUGACCCCUACUACUUCUGCUUCAUAACACUCACUACCAUUGGUUUUGGCGACAUCAUGCCAUGCCACCCUAAGUUCUUCAUGCUUACUUCACUCUUUCUCAUUGUUGGUAUGGCCAUCAUGUCGAUGGCUUUCAAGUUAAGCCAAACUCGAAUUGUAAGCUGCUACAGCAAAUGCAUCAAAUUCAUCAGCAGAGGAAAUGUCGAGACUUUUCAAAAAUGAACAAAAUGACUUAUUAAGCAAGAGAUUCUCUGUGUUGGUGUUACACACACCAGUUUUGACACAGCUCUAAAGCAGGUGUGUGUGGGAACUUUUAGGUGUAUUAUUUGUGCUGGCAGUGAUAAGCAAAAUAAAGUGUGCAUGUGCUAAACGCUUUUACAUGGGGGAGCACUAUUGUGUUCUAAAGCUUGCUACUCUCUGGCAAAUGUUUGGCUGUACAGGACUACAGAGGGCGAAACAAUAGUCUUGCACCUGAUUAAAAAUUAGAUUGACCAAAGUGCUGUAAUUUCUCUACUUUGGCUGGAAGUUGUCAUAAUUUGGAAAACCCUCAGAACCCGGUGGUUUAUUCAUCAAAUAUUUAUCUAUAAUAAAAUAGUAAAGAAAACUGCAAAAUAUGUAGUGUAAACAUAAGCACUUUGUAUGAAUUUGAAGCUAUAACUAUAGUGUAUUGCUAUUAACACCAAUCUAUCAAAUACGGCCUGGAAUCUGUAAGUAAGAAAAGUAGCGACGAGAGUGUGAGGAAUCGAGUUAAUAUCAGGACGAUGUGACCACAUGUUCGCACUGAUUUCACACUGAUUCCAUAGCAGAUAUCUUUUCAUAAAAACAUGUUGUGAUUUAUCACCACUGGCACGUCAUUAGGCCCAUCGUCAUCACCGGGGAUUGCGCACACCCCUUCGCACGACAGGCGUCCAUUUUUCUCUGUAUUAAGGUGGCAACCCUAGUAAGCAGGGAAUGGGGAAUUUAUUUUGAGAUAGAGUGGGUUUCAGGGUGGAGGAGGUAGGGAGAGACUAACAAAAUAUAGUCCAGGUAGAUUGGAAUACAUAUAUUAAUAAUUCAAUAAAAAGGUCAGAAACGCCCUGGUCAGCUUGGAAGCGAAAGCAAUCAUGCCCAGGUUUUGAUAGCAAUCCCAAAGGUUGGGUGUAAAAUAUCAGAAACAUUCAAAAUAAAUAACAAUAUUGAUAGAUAGUUAAAUGUGAAUUGGUCAAUCAUCAGCAAAAAGCAUGAGGAUGAGAUCCUGGAGGGAGAUGGUUUUUGAAAGUGAAGAUGGACGUUUCUGAAAAUAGAAGAUGCAUGGAAAUGUAAGGCAUUUAAAAAAUGGAGUUCAGAACAGUUUCCGAGAAUAACAUCAGUGUGUAUUGUGCAGCUUUAGUGAGUGAGUGAGCCAACAGUGAAGUGGAGGUUCAGAAUCUUGCACAAAUAAUAUUUGUAUUUUGUCAGCAUUUCUAAAAAUGAUCUCUCUUCAAUUACUCACCAUUUUUAGGUAAAUUGUUAGGACAUUUUGUGCUGGCCCAAGAAUCUAAUAGACUUACGAAAUCUGCAACAGCAGGUCGAGAAUGAGUUCAUUUUCUUCAGGCCCUGCUGACUAUUUGUUAUUGUAUAUCUUCUAAGUCAAACAUGUUUUUUAUUCUGAUCCUGCGAGGUAGGGUCUCACUGCUGACGUCCUUCCUAAGGCUGCCGAGUUUUGGGAGGGGGUGUGUGCUGACUUUGUCAACUGUUGGAUUUAAAUAAUGUGUGUAUGAUGUUAUGAAAUAUGAUUAUGUAGGUCGGACAUGUUGUGAUUAGAUGAUAGUGAUAAUAUAAUGCUUGCCAUGUUGUGUUUAUUUGAAGAAGCCACCAGAUGGAGCCACUGAGGAGGGUAAUUAAAUGCCUGGGUUGGGCAGACUGGGUGGAGUGAUUUUUGGAUGUGCAGCCAAUCACAGAAGGCUGUGAAAGUAAUGAACAAUCCGGCAAAUGCAAAAAGGGAAAACACAGGGGAAUCUUCAGAAUCUUCUGUAACUCCAUACUUGAUGGUCUGAAUAGACCAGGGUGUAAGUGUAAGUAUGCAGCCAUCCAAUGAGACACACCUACAGUCACAUGACUUCCUCAUCCCUCCUCUAUCCGCUCCACCCCCCUUCUAUAAUACCCCCCCUUCCCUCCCUCUAUGAAGGAAUGAUUGUUUGUAAUGUAGAAGUUUCCCAUUAGCAUGAUAUCUUCAAUAUGUACACUUUCAGCUCGAUUUAAUGAUUUAGCUCUAACGAGCUUCAUGACAUUAUGAAGAAGUUUCUGCCCCACGUCAUUGGAAACAUGUGGCAGUAAUGAUACCAGAGCACACGAUGGUGUUUACCAGCUUUCUACGGUUUGACAGGAAGGACGGUGCAUUCCCAAGGUGUUCCUUUCUCUCUCAAAGCUUUCAGGGUCAAGUAAUAAAUCAAAGCAUGUUAUUAGAGAAACUAAUACAAUUACAUUAGCUAAAAAUAUAAUUUACUACAAUUCUUGCGGGAAAACCUGUGGUUUAUUGCCUUUUUUGUGAUCAUUUUUCCUUUUCUAGGCACAAAUAACCAAUACACCCUUUCCAAGAAGGAUGCUUUUCUUUUAUCCAUGACCAAGAUGGAAAGAAAAUAAGCAGCAUGAGUGGCUGAGAUCAUCUCUCAAUCUAUUCCAAACUUCCCAAGUCUGGAUGUGCCACAUAUGCCGUAAUUACAGAAUAAUUGAUACUAUUUGCUUAUUUUCUGGACAUUUGAAAGGGAACUUGACUAAAGAGGGUUUCUCAAACACGUUUAUGUCCCCUCUGUAGAGAGAGAUACUUCAUGGCAGCUCAUUACCUCCUGGUUUCUCAAGACUUUAAGACCUGUCUGAUCCUCUUGUGUGUUCAUGUCACCUGUCGUCUUUCCAGGUUCCAUUAUGGAAAGGAGGCCGUGUGGCUCAGGGUCCAAAGCUGUUUUGCUCUUCAUCUUUUUAUAAUGUUGGAACAUAAAAUAUGUUCCAGGGGAUGGGAAACGGUUCUUAGCAUUUAGAAUAUUAAGGAAAUGCUUGAACAGAGAUGAUAGUCCAAAAAGAUGUGUUAAUGUAACACAUCUCUGAUAUUCUGACUCCGUGUUACUGUACCAAAGGUUGUCCACCAGAUGUCUCUAUACGGUAGGUAUCAAACCUUCUACUGCAUGUUCAGCUUUAUCAACCACAUACUAAAAUACUAAUGGCUUUCACUGUACUCUACUUAAAAUAUCAUAAUCAUUUAUAACAAAUGAUGCUAGAUAAUGUACCAAUAUGCUGCAAAUAUUAAAAGGAUGCAGGGCACAAUAGGGUGUAUUUGUCAACAAAUAAAGGCAUAAAGAAACAUUUUCUUUUGUUUUCUGAACAACAUCAU